AACGCUUCACCAGCUUUCAUUCAGUCGCCGCACACUUGUCGUCGCAACAGCCGUGCACCGUCAUGCCUGAAAAAGUUGAAUCUACACCAUUCGAGGAGGCACUGGAAAAAACAGGCAACGGUGUAUACAAUGUGCUGCUACUCCUCACCUGCGGGCUCAUCCUGCUGGCGAUCGGCGUGGACCUGUUCGGUUUCGGCCUGGUGGUGGCGGCCGCCUGCGACCUCAACAUCACCGUGUCCCAGAAGGGGAUACUCACCUCACUGCCUUACAUAGGAAUCCUGCUAGUCUCCUACAUCUGGGGUUACAUCUCUGACACUCGAGGGCGCCGGUUCUCUCUCCUUGUGUCCAUGCAAGGCGCAUUCAUUCUCUCAUGUCUCUCCAGCAUUUCCACUAAUUGGCUUCUUUUGGGCCUCAUCAAGUUCUUCUCUGUUUGUUUUUCUUGUGCAGCUAAUUCCGUGACUUACACCCUGCUGGGCGAGUCGUGCAUCCAGCGAGUGAGGAGCAAGUACAUGCUGCUGAUCACUUGCCUACUCAUACUGUCGCCGGGCAUAGCUGCGAUACGAAUAUUUUUUAUUUCAUUUCCAGUUGUCACAUAUCCAACUCUCCUACUGCAUUUCAAGACGGAAAUACCUCUCCUCGGAAUAAACUUCACACCCUGGCGGCUGCUCAUCGUGGUGCUGGCAAUACCCUCGGGUAUCGGAGGCCUUGCCAUCCACUUUUUCCACGAGUCUCCUAAAUUCCUGGCGAAUUGCGGCAAGAAUAAGGAGGCUUUGGAGGUGCUGAAGUCUAUUCACGCGAUCAAUAACCCUGGAGCUAAAGAGGAAUUUGGGAUAACCUCAAUAUACCUGGAGGAUGCAGUAGCGAAGAAGCCGACGUCCCUCACCCGCGCGCUGUACGAGCAGGGCGCGCCGCUGUUCCGCCCGCCCAUGCUGUGGAGGACUCUGCAGCUUUACUUCAUCAUAUCCAUCGUCUAUUUCACUAAUAACAGUCUCCUAGUUUGGCUGCCGUACAUCAUGAACUUGGUCCGAGUGGCCUUGAGUCAGAACACUACUACUGGCGGUGAUAUUUGUUCCUUGAUCACUACGAAGGAAGAAUCCAUUUCGCUAAACGCAACUUUAUCUUCUUCCAAUACUACUGUUAUAACACCAGAAAUCUGCCUCGGAUACAUCGAAAACAACGUCAUCAUCACUCUUGCGGCCGCUCAAUGCAUUUACUCCUUCCUGAACUUUGUCAUCUCCUACCUCAUGAGAUGGAGACGAACUGUCUUGCUGUCCAUUCUGUUGAUGUCUACAAUAAGUGGUGCUUUACUGGGGUUGAUGCCGGAGCCAAUUUCAAGUGUGUUCCUAUUAAUGGCAUUUACCUGCACGAAUCUGGGCAUGGGAAUACUUGCUUCGUAUUUUGUGGACUUAUAUCCUACUUCUUGCAGGGGCAUGGUUGCUUGCCUCAGCAUAAUGGUGGCCCGAACAAGCACCUUCAUCGGCAUCAACGUAGUUGGGAACCUCAUCUUCUACCACUGCCAUACCACCUUCUAUGUGUGGUCAAUCGUAGUUUUCAGUAGCGUCGUCGUGGCAUGGUUCCUUCCACCGGACAAGCCAGUGCAGCGUUAAAUAUAAUAAAGGUAAUAUAGUUAAAGUACUUAUGUUAUUAUUAAUAAUAAUCUGUGAUUUUAGUAUUAAUAAGAUUUUAUUCGUAUUAAUUACCUUAUGUUUAAUUUGUAAACCAGUGAAUUUAUGUCCAUGGAAUUAUUACUAUUAAUUAGAGAUGUGUAAGACAAUAAAUAUUUAAAUAAUU